UAGAAGUUCGCCUAUGCGUAUGCUAGAUUUUUUUCAGGUUAUCUAUGUCCAGGCUCUAAUCUUGGUGUACAUAUUGUUUCAAAUUGUUAGAAAAAUUUUCUUUGGUGAAUUGAGGGCUUCAGAAGCAGAGCAUCUAUCUGAACGAGCAUGGCACGCUGUGCUUGAAACUUGCCUAGCUUUUACUGUAUUUCGAGACGACUUCUCACCCAUAUUUGUCAUGCAAUUUGUUGCUUUAUUGUUUGUGAAAAGCUUCCACUGGUUGGCAGAUGAUCGAAUAUGCCAUUCUAAUGGCGCUAGUUAUUCAUGUUACGAUAAA